UUACUGAUUUAGGGCUUGAACCCGACCAAACGAAGCUCUCUCUCUCUCUCUCCCGAAGAGAGAUCAGGGUUUCACCAGCUAAACAAAGGGGAGAGAUCAAGGUUUCGUUCUCGUACUUUAUAGAUCGUAUUGGUCUCAAUUCUUACUCUCUCUCAUUGUUUUCCAGUCUGGUUUCCAUAUAUCCAUGGCGGGAGAACUUCUUGAGUUGUUCGAAGCCGCGAAGAAGGCUGCGGACGCUGCUGCAGCAGAGAGGUCGUCCUCGGGUGGAGCGGAGGAAGUUCGAUGUAUCGAUGCAUUGAAACGGCUGAAGAGUUUUCCCGUGACGAAGCAAGAUCUUAUCGAUACUCAGGUUGGAAAACGUGUUCGCCUACUCACAAAACAUCCUAGACAGAAGAUCCAGGCUAUGGCAUCUGAUUUGAUUGAGAUAUGGAAAAGAGUAGUUAUUGAGGAAACAACUAAAAACAAGAAAAAUGGAUGCUCAGAUAACAAAGAUUCUAUGAAGCCUGAUGUUGCAAAGGCAGAGACCGUCAAGGUUGAGAAGGUGCAAAAGGCACCAGACUCUGUACGGGUCGAGAAGGCUUCAAGGGUUGAAAAUGUAAAGGUUGAGAAAAUUUCGAGGUUGGAAACUGUCAAAGUUGAAAAACAUGGUGAUGCCGAGCCUCUUAAGGUUGAAAAGGUACCCAAGGAGGAGAAACAAGUUUCUGGUAGUAAAAGACCAUUGCAAGCUCCUAAUGGCCCUCCUAAACUGACUAAAAUGAUCAAAUGUAAUGAUGAUGCACGUGACAAAAUCCGGGAAAUUCUUGCAGAGGCCUUGUCCAAAGUUUCUGAUGAGGCUGAUGAAGAUAUUAGGGAUGAAGUAAAUGCAUGUGAUCCUAUUCGGGUAGCCGUCUCUGUGGAAUCUGCAAUGUUUGAAAAGUGGGGCCGCUCCAAUGGUGCCCAUAAGUUCAAAUACAGAUCUAUAAUGUUCAACAUCAAGGACACAAAUAACCCUGAUCUACGGAGGAGAGUCCUUCUUGGAGAGGUCAAGCCAGAAAGACUUCUUGUUAUGACGGCAGAAGAAAUGGCAAGUGAUAGAAGAAAACGUGAGAAUGACCAAAUAAAGGAGAAAGCAUUAUUUGAAUGCGAGCGUGGAGGUCCGCCAAAGGCUACAACUGAUCAGUUCAAGUGUGGUCGAUGUGGGCAGCGGAAAUGCACUUAUUAUCAAUUGCAGACCCGGAGUGCUGAUGAACCUAUGACAACCUUUGUAACGUGUGUAAACUGCAACAACCAUUGGAAGUUUUGUUAGGUUGUCUUUUUAGCUACCGUACCAUUGUAAUAGAUUGACCUUUAGAUGUUGAGCCAUGAAGCUCCAUCUUUCUUUUUCUUGUGAUCCAUCAUUUAUGAAUUUGGUCUUUGAUAUCCUUCAAAAUAUGAUGUUGGUUAAUUGAUUAGGGAGAAUUUGUUUCAACUUUCAUGGCAUUUCAGUUAUCUAAGAUGCGUUUAUAUA